AAACCAAUUGACUGUUAUGUUUCUGCGUACUUCCUCGUUGUUGAGCUCCUCGGGAAUUAACAGACAAGUACAAAAUGAUUUUCACAAUGUUUUCAGCGACCACCUGGACUUUGUUGGUCCUCGUUUUAACCCUGUUCAUACUGUAUGGAAUCUGGCCGUAUAGAUUUUUCAAAAAAUUGGGCAUAUCCGGACCAAGGCCUCUGCCUUUUAUUGGAACAAUGUUUGGUGGAAGAAAGGGAGUUCUCUUAUUUGACCAGGAGUGCCAGGCCAAGUACGGGGACGUCUGGGGAUUGUUUGAUGGACGAAGCCCACUGUUAAUGGUUGCAGACCCUGAGAUUAUUAAAACUGUGAUGGUGAAGGAGUGCUACACUGUGUUCACGAACCGCAGGGAUGCUGGUUUAUUCAGUGGACCUUUGGAUGAUGCAAUUACAGCAGUGAAAGAUGAAAGAUGGAAACGAAUUCGCAGCACAAUAUCACCAUGCUUCACCAGUGGAAGACUGAAGCAGGUUUUUCCUAUUGUUGCACGCUUUGCAGAUCGGCUGGUUGAGAAACUUGGGAAAAGAAAUUUGGAUGAGUCCAUCAAUGUCAAACAAUUUGUGGCACCUUACAGCUUGGAUACUGUGACCAGUGCAUCUUUCAGUGUGGAAACUGACUCUAUAAACAGCCCUGAUGACCCCGUUAUUGUCCAUAUUCAGAAAAUUCUCAACUUGCGAUUAUGGCCUAUUUUCUUACUAAUGAUUUUUCCCUUUGGUGCUCGACUGCUGAAGCUUCUCAAAAUUGAAGUGAUGUCUAGACCCAGCGUGGAUUUUUUCUACAAUAUCAUUAAGAAAUUUAAAGAUCAGCAUAACUCAGGGGAGCUGACUAGAGCAGACUUCCUGCAGGUGAUGGUUCAGAGUGAAAUACCAGAAACAGAAACAAAGGAUGAAAAAGAACAACCAAGUAAAGGUUUGACUGAACAUGAGAUCCUUUCUCAAGCCUUAGUCUUCAUCUUUGGUGGCUAUGAGACGACCAGCACAACUCUGUCUUUCAUCCUCUACAAUCUGGCCACAAACCCUGAUGCGAUGCAGACCUUGCAGGAAGAAAUUGAUGCCAACCUGCAGAAAAAUGCUUCCGUUUCAUAUGACGACAUUAACAACCUGGAGUACCUGGACCAGGUUAUUUGUGAGUCAAUGCGUUUGCUUCCAACUGGACCUCGACUUGAGAGGAUGUGCAAAAAGACUGUGCAGGUUCACGACCUCACCAUCCCUGAAGGAACCCUUGUUGGAAUUCCUGCACACCUUUUACACAAAGACCCACGCUUUUGGAGCUCACCUGAGCUUUUCAGACCAGAGAGGUUCAGUAAAGACAAGGAGGAGGAGAUAAACACGUAUGCCUACAUGCCGUUUGGCCUUGGCCCUCGUAACUGUGUUGGGAUGCGUUACGCAAUCCUUGUCAUGAAGAUGGUUAUUGUACGUCUCCUGCAGAAUUACAAUUUGGAAACAUGCAAAGAAACCAUGAUUCCUCUGCAGUUUGACUGGAUGUUUCAGCCACUUAAACCCAUAAUGCUCAAGUUUGUUCCCAGAAACCAGUGAUCCAUUAAAAAAUAAUCUCCAAAUAUAAUCUACAUCUGGACACCUGUCAGACAUGUUUUAAUUUGCUGGCAGGUGGAUAUACAUUUCAAACUGUCCACAAUAAUUUUAAUGAUCUAUUAUUGGGUUGUAACUUGUGAAAAAUU